AGCCAGAAAGAGAGAGAGAGGGAGAGAGAGAGAGAGCCAGAUAGAGCCAGAGAGAGAUUGAGAGAGAGAAGACAGAGAGACUGUUAGGUUAGCUGUACGUCCGCAUUUAGACGCCUCCAUUAUUUUCAUUGUGUUCUGUAAUCUGUGGAAAUCAUUUCAGCUUUUGGCCAGACACAAUCAUGAUCCUCCUGACUCCCUCCUCUGGUAGGUGCUUGUUACUCAUUCUCAUCUCUAAUCUGGAUUACUGUAUGUACAUGGGCACGGGUGCCAGAGAAUAAAGUCAAAGAUUCCUUGGAUUUAAAUUGGGUAACAAAACAGUCACUAGGUUUUCAAGACAUUCAGACUGAAUAGAGUAAAAUCACUGAGUACAACGAGUGCAUGUAGUCCAGUUUAAAGCUUGUAAAUCUGGAGACUGAGACAAUUACAUGAGUUCUUUAUCACUACUGGUACACAUACAUUAAAGCUCCAGUGUGUAACUUCUAUUACAGAAACAUUAAUGUACCAGGAACUUAUUUACCUGGGCAAAUGCGCUCAAAAGAGCCUGGACCUCGUCGUCCGUCCACUUGUCAUACGUCCUUUUCUUUUGCUCCAUAUUUUCGAAAUGACCGAUAAAUGGAUAAGUUCUUCUUUCUUUGUCUGCUUUUAAAGGUCUUGUUUAAAGGUGGGUUGCAGCUGCAUUGGUUUAAACACAUGCAACAUGUGUUCCACCAAUCAGCCCCGCCCCUCUAGAGUUCCUGGUAAUCUGAAAAAUCUGUAGUCGCGAGCAGGUAAUUACUUAGGUGAAAGUUUGGGAUCCAGGGAAAGUUUUACCCCCCAACUUGGAGCUGCAUGGUGCAAGAACAGCAGCAGCUGUGCUGUGGCACAUGCAGGCAUUGAUCUCAUUCACCAUCGCGACAAAAGUCAAAAUCCUGAUUUAUGAUGAGAAUUUGUUUGUGAAAUCUUACUGAACAUCCAGGCUUAUUUUCUGCAGUAGAAUCCUCUUCUGAACCUUGUCUCUUGGAACUGUAUGAAGCUGUGUUGCUUUACUCUCGCGGUGCGCGUCUUCCGCCUCCUCGCCUGCUUAUUCAUGUCGAAAAAUGGAUCACUCUGUGUGCAGCUAUACGGAGAGAUGGAGUCGUGAUAUGCUUAACAUGUGAACUCAUUUAACAGUGGUUUGAGUGUAACAAACGUUGUUUGUUUUUUUUUAUUUAAAAGUUACACACUACAGCUUUAAUGCUAUGUACAGUAGUUUAAGUAUUGUGUUAUUAGGUGGGAAACGUUGAAAUUACCUUACACCUUCAUAAAGCACAGUGUUUGAUAUAUCGGAUCAAAUCUCAUAUAUGUGUGCAUUAUUUAUACUGAUGAGAAUCUCGUUGCCAUUUCAUUUUUCACUACAUGUGGUUAUAAAAAAAAAAACACAGCUAACACUUUAAAUGUACAGAGAAUGCAAGUGAUUUGCUCUGCUUGUUGUUUUUUCCCCUCCCUCCAUUAAGUCCUUUUAGUUGUUUCCAGGUAACAUAGCAGGGUCUUGCAUAAGAAGUGCUUUGCACAGACAGGACCUCGACAUGUGGCUGUAACGGCAGCUAUUUACUAUGGUUUGAAUGAAUAAUCCUAAAAUUAUUCAUGUAGCAAACUUGGCAAACCUAAUGUUGUCACAACAAUGCAGAAUAUUGUGCUGCAUUCACUGAGGAGCUGCGUCUAGCAGUAUAGUGGAGUGGGUAUUUAAAUGAUCAGGUUGUAAAUAGAUUCAAAAGUCCCAAAUGAGAAGUAAAAAGCAUGCUGUCAUUGUAAAAGUGUAAGUUAUUGUUGGCUUUCUGCUGUGUCUCAUACACUGUUUUCUUUCAGAUGAAGAGUCUCUUGAACUCGUCUGGCUUUGGAAUCACAGGAAGUUCAGGAUGAGAAACACUUGAACGGUUGCUACUGCAACUUUUAAAUUAUCUAAAAGCUUUGAAGGUCAUUGUCUGUGCAUACUGUAUUGGGCAGUACUACGACUUGAGAGAAAAUCAAAAGCUCACACAAGAGGAGGGCAGACAGAAAACAGAGAUUUCUUUGUCACAGUUGGGGGGGGGGGGCAGUUUUUGGCAAGAAUGAGGCAAAAGUCAUUCCAUCUUGCUGACUAAAAUAGUGAAUUUAAGUUUAACUAUCACUGACACAGCAAAAAAAAUAAUAUUGUUAUCAUCGGUGUAACUAAACAUAUUGAGUCUUAGCACUUGUGUUCAUUUAUUACUGUGGAUGAUAGAACUCCAUGUGUUUGGGCACAAACUGCAUGUUAGAGAAGCUUGGAAGGAGAUGUAGCAGUUUUAUCUUCAUACCACAAUCUCCAUUGAAGCCAAAGGCUGCUGUGGUAUUAAUAGACUUGAAGUUAAGCUAUGUGAGUGCUUUGCCAUGUCCUUGUCUGAGGUCACUAGGCUUGCUCAGUGUUAAUGGGCUAAUUGAUCUCAUGUCUGGUAUGUGUCAACGCAGUAGGUCCAGUAUAGACUCACUGUAGCCAGUGGUUUAGUCCCUCUACGUGUUCAUAGCUUGUUCCCCACACCAGUUUUUUCUGUGUAUUUGAACGCUUGAUAAAAACCAUGUUUGAGUGCCAUAACACUUCACAUGCAUCAUGUUCAUAUAUUUCCAAACAUUACCUAGAUAUUGAAUUUUAAUGCAUGAAAUUUGGCCAUUUUUUCCCUACUAGUUCAAAUGUGUAGAAUAUUGUAAACUGGCUCUCUGUGAUGUUGCAUGCUGGAGACUGCGCACCCAUUAUUGAAUGAAUAUACAGUAACACAAUGCAUUUUAGUGAUCUGAAAAAUGGAUGAAUGAAUCGUAAGGUUGGUCUGCGUCCAAUAAACAUACAUCUUGGUAAGUGAAGCUUUUUUCUACAUAAGACUGGAAUUCAGUUUUAUUGUAAUAGCUUAAGUAAAAUAGAAAACAUGGAAUCCCGUUAGAAGGUAUACAACAUAUAGUUCUACAAUUACUGUGUGACUGGUGAAUCGUCAUUUUCCCUUUAUAUUAUUUACACCCUUUUCCUCUUACCUGCACAGAUGUUUUGACUCUAACUGGGAUAUAAUUAGUAGACUAUUCCCAUCCGUUCUACUAAAGGUUUUUUCCAGUGCACCAACAAGCUCUUUCUGAACCAUCAGUCCGCUGGGAUCCACCUCAAGGAGUUUGCACGUAAAAAUGCGGCAAAUGCUCUGUCGGUUGCCAACAUGGUCAUGGGCAUGUCCUCCAUUCUCAGCUGUCUUAGCGGGCACCGUCAUGCUGCAUGUUGGCUGGUUCUGAUUGGCUACCUGCUGGAUUUUGCAGAUGGAGCAGUUGCCAGGCGACUCAAUGCCUGCUCUGCACUGGGUGCAAAGCUGGAUGAUUUUGCUGACUUCACAACUUUUGGCAUCGCCACGUCGCUGCUCCUGAGGACACCGGACCUGCUGGACAACAUCCUGUGCAUGUGCUACGUCCUAUCCGUGUUUGUCCGCCUCUGCUUCUUCUCAACUGGGAUCCCGUUCAUGUACCGCGGCCUGCCCUGCAUCUACCCCUCAGCCAUUCUGGCCAGUGCCUCUCUGCUGUCUGGGGGAAACAUGGCCCUGCUGCGUGUGACUGCAGUGGCCAUGAUCCUCUUCAUGAUCAGUCAGAGCUUCUACCCACAUGACAAAAUGCUGGAGUCCCAGGCCUGGAAGAAAGUCGUUUUUGCCGGAGGCGUUGUCAUGGUCUUCUGCUCUUGCUUCCCCUCCGCCUGCGUGUACUACCUGCUGUGGUCCGUCUCUUACAUUUUGUUCCCGACAUCCCUCUGGAGCAGUAAAGUGUAAAAAGGAGUUGCUGGAUUUGUGUAAAACUCCCAGUAGCUUUACUUCUGGCCCAUCUGGCCCACAUAGGCUUCCAGACUGCUGCUGCUCCCACGCUGUUGCCACGGAGGAUUCAAGCUGAACAUGCUCAUGCUCCAAAGAUGAACUCUGUUUUAAUGUUUAUUUUGAUGAGACAGGGAAGGCGUGUCUUUGCUGCAUUUUCGCUCAGGCCCGAACGUCGGUCGUCUUGUUCCACCAACUGAUUUUUCAUCAGGAUUAUCUCGCGUGUAAUCUCCCUACUUUGGUAUCGAUUCAUAUUUGAACACUGUGGGCAGGUGGCAGCAGGGCAUGACAUCUUCACGCACGAUAAUUGUAAGCGGAUUUCGCACAAAAACAACUAACCGUACAGCAUCCUCUUCUGCAUAAUCUUAGCAUUGUGCGUAGUAUAACUGGGCUACAGUAUUUAGGUAUAGGCUCUUUAAUCCAUGGGCCGAUUACGUAAAUUCUGUUUGUGUCCGGGUUGUUUUUUAUUUUAUUCGGGUGUAAUUCAUCAGGGUCAGGAUUUUAACAUAGCUAGAGAGAAUUUAGUUUUGUUGUUGUUUAUGUGUUAGUCUCCUCCCACCACUCGGGGGGGAAAGGAUGCACUGUCAAUUUACACAGCGAUUUACAAUGUGAGGAAAUUGACAGAAGAGGACAUUUUUCACUGUGUGGUUAUGAUUUUAGAGAAUUGUUUAGGUUCUAUCGAAUACAGCCAGCACAAGAAGAUAUUAUUUUAAACUUAAAAAAAUCUUAAAACCCACAAGACUGCGAGAAACUAAAACACCUCCUGUUCAGAAACAUUGAAUAGAAAAAUGGGUCACUACACUUUGCUGUUUGUACGUAUCAAAGGGGUUGAAGUGUUAUCCUAUAAAUAAUACAUAAUAAUAAUAAUAAUAAUUUUGUGUUUCUGUUACGUGUGUUUUUUCUUUUGGGCCAUUGCAUGAUUUACUUCUGUUUUAAGAGGCUGUGCAGUCAAAAACAUUGAAUCCAUCAUUCACAACUGAGUCAGUGAUUCUUUAUUAACAAGUUAUAAAAAAAAAAAAAAAGAAAAAAAAAAUGUGAAUCAUUGAAUAGCCCAGUUGUCUUCCACAUGUGAGUCAUAUACAUUUAGAAUUAAAAGGGCAACAGCAUACUGGGCUGUUAAUCUUGCGUUUCCUGCCAUCUAGUGGGCACAAGUCUCAUUUUACUGCUUCCAAGAAUGCAGUGCGGCAGAACUGACUCUUCCAAAUCCACCGACUUUGCUAUAGCACUCAUUUUUGUAGUCCUUCUUUUCUUUUUUUUUUCUUUCUUUUUAGCAAACAUAACAUUUUGACAUCACUCUGGUGAAGAUGACAUCAUUUUAUGUUAUCUAUUGUUAUCCAUCCCAUGCGUUCUUAUAGGAUCAGGAUAAAGGGAAUGACAUUUUUCACCAUUUGAAAUUGUGUGGUUUUUAACUGUUUGAACCGUAUAACCCAUAACUCACUGGCUUGAACCCAUAAGGUUCCUGACAUGGUUCAUGUUGAUUAAUGUUGUGUCAAGUGCAUACACAGACUGAACUCUAUACUACUAUGCAAUCAGCUUCCCGGUGUGAUGUAUGCAAGCUGAGAGCAUUAUAGAUACAGAAACUGUCCUUUGCCCAGUGAUAGAAAAGAAGACCUUGCGGGAUAAUAAGAUCUGUGCUUUUAAAAUCUGUACAUUUUGACAAUAUAGAGGAGAAUAAAAUAACUUAAGAAUUUCA